AUGGCUCGGUUAUCGAACUAUGUUCUAUCACUUCUCGGCACCUUCGUCUUCUCACAGGGUAUCCAGGCUUACGACUAUCUCUCACACGCCAGAUCUUCUUCUGAUGCAUUGAUGCAUUGGUACAAUCAGGACACUGGAGUGUUCAAUGGAACAGGCUGGUGGAACAGCGCAGAAUGCAUCACUGCUCUUGCCGAUAUACAAGGAAUUGAUUCAAAAUCCAACUUCGACGACGUGCUCCAGAAUACCUUCGAGAUCAACAAGAAUAUCUGGACGACGAAAAGCGACUUCUACGACGAUGAAGGCUGGUGGGCUCUGGCAUGGAUCAAAGCAUACGACUUGACACGCAACCAGACAUAUCUCAAAGCUGCAGAACAGCUUUUCGAUGACAUGGCCAAAGGCUGGACAACCAAGUGCAAUGGUGGCAUCUGGUGGGACAAAGACAAGACUUAUGUCAACGCCAUCGCCAAUGAGCUGUUUUUGAGUGUCGCUGCUCACCUUGCUCGUCGAACAUGGGACAUCAAGUAUCUCAACUGGGCAGUCAAGGAAUGGCAAUGGUUCGAGCAGUCUGGGAUGAUCAACAAGAAUAACACUAUCAAUGACGGAUUGGAUGGCUCUUGCAGUAACAACGGUUACACUGUGUGGUCUUACAAUCAAGGUGUCAUUCUCGGUGCACUGGUGGAGUUGUCAAAAGCGAGCUUCGACAGUUCCUACAUCCAUAUCGCGAAGGACAUCGCUUGGGCAGCAAUCCAUGAACUCACUGAUAGCAAGGGUGUCUUGCACGAGACUUGCGAGAAAGGCUGCGGAGGUGAUGUGUCUCAAUUCAAAGGGAUAUUUAACAGGAACGUGGCGCUUCUAUACACUGCAACCUCUGACCCUGGCUUGAAGCAGUUCUUGGAGGUUAAUGCUCAAAGCAUAUGGAAGAACGACCGCGACUCGGAAAAUCGUCUUGGACUCAAGUGGUCAGGACCCUACGACAAGGCGGAUGCAUCAACACACAGUUCAGCGUUGAUGGCGCUGAUUGCUGCCGCAUCUGUGCAAAACAUCUGA